UGUCUGUGGCACCGAUUUAGGUGCUAACUGGCGGGCGCGGGUCCACCAACAUUCACAAGAUGGCAACAGAAGCGAAGCGACAAAAGGUGGACAAUGGCUCCGAACCUCUGCAGAACUUUCUCACGUGGUGUGACCGAGUUGGACUGGUUCUCAGCAGUAAGGUGUCUGUGAGGAAAGAGGGAACUGUGGCAGCUUAUGGGAUGUUGGCGAAGGACAACAUAGAGGAAGGAGAAGUUUUAUUCACCAUUCCCAGAUCUGCUCUCCUCCACCUGGAAACCACGAAGGUUUCAGCCUUGUUGAACAAAGAGAAGUCGUGUCUGGAGAGCUCCUCCGGCUGGGUUCCUCUGCUGCUGGCUCUGCUCUAUGAGUACACAUCCUCCCAGUCCCACUGGGGACCGUACCUGUCCCUGUGGUCUGACUUCAGGGCUCUGGAUCAUCCCAUGUUCUGGUCUAAAGAGGAACGAGACCGUCUGCUGAAGGGAACGGGUGUCCCUGAGGCUGUGGACACAGACCUGUCCAACAUCCAGCGAGAGUACACGGACGUCGUCCUGCCUUACAUGCUCCGGCACCCUGACCUGUGGAACCCCAGCACACACACGCUGGAUCUGUACACACAGCUGGUGGCCUUUGUCAUGGCUUACAGCUUCCAGGAACCACAAAGAGAGGAGGAAGAGGAAGAGGAGGAGGAGGAGGAGAGCACACCAAACCCUCCGAUGAUGGUUCCCAUGGCAGACAUGCUCAACCACGUGUCCAAUCACAACGCCAACCUGGAGUUCACACCUGACAGUCUGAAGAUGGUUUGUGUGCGCCGCAUCAGUACAGGUGAGGAGGUGUUUAACACCUACGGGCAGAUGGCCAACUGGCAGCUUCUACAUAUGUAUGGCUUUACCGAGCCGUAUCCUAGCAACAGCAACGACACGGCAGACAUCAGCCUUCACCAGCUCUACAAAGCUGCUAAAGCAGGUGUCCAGUCUGAUUCAGACCUGCAGCUGGUGGAGGAGCGUUGGGAGACGCUAUGUCAGAUGAUGAAGGAGGACGGAGUCUUUGUCUUCAGUAAUCAGGGCUGUCUCACAGACUCGGAGCUGCACACGGCGCUGAAGGUGAUGUGUAUGUCUAAGGACGAGCUGUCCCAGUUCAAAGACAAUGAAGGAUGGGAGGAGGAUGAUGAAGACGAUGAGAAGAUUUCCCAGGCGUUCUGUAACGAUGGUAUUCCUGAAUUAAAUGCAUCAUGGAAACGACUCCUUCAUGAAGCAGCAGGGCUCACACUGAGGUUGUACGGAGAUGGAGAGACGGAGGACAAACUGGUGGACAGAGAUCGGGUCCUGAUGGAGGACAAAGCAGCUCUCAGAGGACUGAGCAGCAGGCAGUGGAGGGCGCUGCAGGUCCGCUUUGGACAGAAGAUGAUCCUGCACAGACUGAUGGAGCUCACCCUGCCCUGAGUUCUCAGCUGCCUCUGACUCACCCAAUAAAUGUUUUAUACCUGAA